GUACACACAGCCAGGAGUGUUAAGGCAAAGUUUAUCAGUAACUUUAUUUCGCUGAAAAGUGCUUUUUUGAGGCAACACAGAGACGUGGCCAACCCAACCGAAACGACGCAAAAUACUAUCAAACUAAACUAAAAGUGCGCGUGCGUUUUAUGUAAAUUGAAUUAGCCAGCUAGCAAAGAAAUCCCAAAUUAACCGGACAUAAGAAAAACAAAUUCAGCGAGUUAUGCCUUCGAACAAACAGCAUAAAGCCACACAUAAAAAUACGACAGAUAAGAGGUUUGUUGUGGUUCUCAGUUAUUUUCAAGGGGCAGUAAUGUCUCCGUUUGGUCACAGGACUGAGGAUGGAUCAACAAACAGCUGUGACUCCGAGGACGAGUUCUACCCAUAUAUCCGCUGUGCCCUCUGCUGCGGCUUCUUCAUUGAUGCCACCACCAUCACAGAAUGUCUGCACACAUUUUGCAAAAGUUGCAUUGUGAAGCACUUCUUCCACAGCAACAGGUGUCCCACAUGCAGCAUCAUAGUCCACCAGACACAACCACUUUACAAUAUCAGGCCAGACAGACAGCUGCAGGAUAUUGUUUACAAAAUGGUUCCCCUCUUAGAGGAGUUGGAAAGAGAGCAGAUGUGCAAGUUGUACAGAGACAGAGGUCUGGAGGUGCCAGAAGCAGUGAUGGAUUCUCCUCCAGGCCCAGUUGUGUUGAAGAAGCAGAAGGACAGUGUUCCCCAGUCUGUAUUCACUAUUCCCCCUGAACUGGAUGUGUCGCUACUGCUGGAGUUUGUAGGGGCAGAAGGGCAUAACUUCAAGUUGUUUUGUGAGAUGACGCUUGACAUUGCCAGUUGCAGUGCUAGUUUCCAUUGUGGAUUGGAUGAUGCACUGUCCAGAGCGUUUCCAUAGUGACCGUAUUGUUUCCAGUCAAACAGCUAUUAGUGAGAGAUCCAACGCAUCUCAAAGUACGUGAAUUUUGAUAAGAUGUUUCUUACAAUUAGAAGGUAUGUGCUGAAUACAAUAACCUUUCACACAUAGCAGCAUGAUCAUGUUGUGAAGUAUUUCUUUUUGCUAAAGUCAAUUUAGCUAAAAAUUGCUAGUUGCCUUCUUUGAGAAUUAUUGCAGAUGUUGAAUGAAAACCAGGGGGUUUAUCUUGAAUCAUGGGUUCUUUAUAGACGUGAUAAUAUUCUGUGUAUGUAAGUAAUUAAGCUAACUAGCAGGAGCUGAAGUUUUAGGUAAGGUAAGGGGUAAGAUAAUCUUUAGUGCCUGCCACAUCACGGUAAAUUAAACUGACCCCCAGCUCUGCUGCGAACACCAGCAGGGCAGAACCCCAUAGAAGUACAGCAGUCUAUUAAUUGCAACGACUGUUGUGUUAGUUAUGCUUAGUAUGUUGUGUAUUAAUAAGAUAAAAUGUUAUCGCUGUCU